CUGAAGAACAAAGUCAUCACUCAUAUUGAGAAACAAACUGCGAUACCAAAAGAGCAAGUUUAUACUUUUUGUCGUGGCACUCACCGUUAUAUAAUCAUAUACCAAAUUUGUAGGAACUUUGAUCCGAAAGUUCUCGUUUACGAUCCUACUACACUAGCUGGAGUUUGGAAACAAGACGAAACGACGAAAAAAUGGACGAACUCUGUCAUGGAGAAUGUGUUGGAAGCCAUCGGCAAUACCCCUCUUGUGAAGCUUCAAAAGAUUCCUCAUGAUAAUGGCGUACAGUGCAAUAUGUUUGUAAAGUGCGAGUAUUUCAAUGCUGGUGGUUCAACAAAGGACAGAAUAGCGCUUCGAAUGAUCGAGCUCGCAGAAGCCGAUGGAAGGUUGAAGCCUGGGAUGACCCUAAUCGAACCAACGUCAGGGAACACUGGUAUAGGGUUAUCUCUUGCAGCUGCUGUGAAGGGAUACAGGUGCAUCAUUGUGAUGCCAGAAAAGAUGUCCAAGGAAAAAGCCUUGACUAUGGAAGCGCUUGGCGCCAUCAUUGUUCGAACCCCAACCGAGGCAGCUUUUGACUCUGCUCAUUCACACAUAGGAGUGUCUUUGCGUCUCCAAAACGAAAUACCAGGCGCAAUAAUCCUCGAUCAGUAUCGAAACGUCGGCAAUCCAUUGGCUCACUACGAACAGACAGCGGAGGAAAUAAUUGAUGCUCUUGACGGCAAAGUGGAUUGUGUUGUAAUUGGCGCUGGAACAGGUGGAACAGUAACAGGUAUCGCAAAAAAGAUAAAGGAGAAAAUUCCAGGUUGUCUGGUGGUUGGCGUCGAUCCAGAAGGCUCGAUACUGGCUGAUCCCACUAAAGGAGAAACGAGUUUCUAUGAGGUUGAAGGUGUGGGAUAUGACUUUGUGCCCGGAACCCUCAACCGAUCUGUGGUUGACAAAUGGUUGAAAUCAACUGACAAGGAGUCAUUCGAGGUGGCUCGUGAGAUGAUUCGUAAAGAAGGGAUCUUAUGUGGAGGUUCUUCUGGCUCAAACGUUCACGCAGCGUUGGAGAUUGCCCGUGGCUUCCCAGCGGACAAAAUCGUUGUGGCCAUAUUACCCGAUGGCAUAAGGAACUACCUGUUGGUUUUAUUUCAUUAA